AUGUCGGCCCUCGCUUUUGCAGCACUUCUUGCCAGUAUCGGAGGCACGUCUGGCAAGACAGUGAGAUCUCCGACUCCUCCAAUGGGUUGGAACUCCUACAACCACUACAACUGCUACCCUUCGGAGGAUAUUAUCAAGAUCAACGCCAAAGGAUUAGUGGAUCUGGGUUUUCUGGACCUGGGCUACAGCAUUGUCACUGUCGACUGUGGAUGGCCUUCGAGAGAUCGAGAUAGCGAGGGGAGACUUCAAUGGAAUGAAACUUUGUUUCCUUCCGGUCCAAAGGCUCUCGGCGAGUAUAUACAUGACUUGGGACUGGAGUUUGGUCUCUAUUCUGGGGCGGGAUACCUCCAAUGUGGCUCAUACGAUAUCCCUGCCUCCCUCGGAUAUGAGGAGAUUGACGCAAAGUCAUUUGCUGAGUGGGGAGGCGACACCCUCAAAUACGACAACUGCUACGCUACUUCCAAAACUGACAUGGUCGACUCCGACUCUGCCGAAGCAAAGAGUCCUGACCGCUUCAUCAAGAUGGCCGCGGCCAUCAACGAGACUGAUCGUGACAUCAAAUACUUCCUAUGCCAAUGGGGUAUUGGUGAAGAUGUCCCACAAUGGGCCACCCAGGUCGGAAAUUCGUGGAGAAUGAGCAACGACAUCUUCAAUGCAUGGAGAGCAAUCUGGCGCAUCACAAAUCAGGCAGUAGCUCAUUCCAAGUAUAACCGUCCUGGCGCGUUCGCAGACUUGGAUAUGCUCAUCAUCGGUCUUGGUGCUCUCUCUUACGAAGAAGAGCGUUUCCACUUCGGUCUCUGGUCCAUGAUGAAAUCCCCUCUCAUUAUCGGAGGCGUAAUGGACGCCAAGCAAAUCCCAGCCGAAUCUCUCGAAGUUAUGUCCAACAAAGAAGCCAUCGCCAUCAACCAAGAUGCACUUGGUCAAGCAGCAGAGCUAGUCAUUCGGUAUACUGAAGAGGAGUGGGAUGUCUGGUCCGGUAACCUCUCGUCAAGCCGCAAGGUUCUCGGCGUUGCGAACUGGAAGAACGAAACCCAAACUGUUGAAGUUGACCUAGCGCUUAUUGGUGUCGAAGAGGCCAAGGCGCGAGAUGUUUGGGCUCAUAAGGAUCUCACUAUCUCUGGUACACAGAAGUUUGAACUGAAGCCUCACGAAUUGCGACUCCUCGUACUGUCAGACAUCAGUCAAGCUUCCAAGCCCAAGCCAUCCGGGUAUUACCCAGCGUCCAAAGCGUCACUGGACGGUUCAGCGUCACUUGCCGACUGUGGAGACAACGAGUGUCUUCCAGCCAACGAAAAGGUCAAAUCCAUCGGUGAAGGCGCCAAGGCAACUUUUAAAUCUGUCAGCGCUCCCAAGGAUGGCUCACUUUAUGUCGGGGUGGACUAUAUCAAUCACGAGUAUCACCACACGAUCGGUGAUUGGGAAACGAACUCACGAAACAUGUCAAUCUCGGUCAAUGGAGAGGAUUCCAAGCGAUGGGCGUUUCCCAACGCUGGUGGCGAUUGGUUCGAGAGUGAUCGCAUGGUGAUCCUUCUCGAUGGGUUCAAGAAGGGUGAUGAUAACACUGUUACUUUCACUACUUCCAGCUCUGGAGAUUGGGCGCCUGAUUUGGUCGGCUUUGAGGUGCUGGCAUGA